GUGUUCGGUCGAUUUACAACUGCUACUCUGCCAUACCGGAUCUCCAUUAGCAAGCAAUUCUAGAUUUGACACAAACAUUAGCAUACUUGAAAUUUUUUUCUGAACUCUAAAGUGCAAAUAAACAGAAUUAGAAAUGUGGCUGUCGAUUGGAUUCUGUUCGAUGAUGGCAUCCAUUUGCUUUGCUAACACAAUUGUCGCUCCCUACCAUGUCUCGAUACGUUCCAGUGUUCCUGCGAUUAUUGGUUACUAUCCUCCAGAUAUCGGCGGAAGCGUGUCAGAGCAUAUCGGUAGUGGAGUGAUCAUCAGAGAUAAAUAUAUACUCACUACUGCAAGCUGUUUGUACACUCGUGAUAAAUUCACAAAUUUGAGUCGACUAAUUAAUCCUGGGGAAGUUUUUAUCGUUGCCGGGAAUCUCAGCCUAAGUCCAGCAGCCGAAGCACUCGGCUCGAUGACAACCAUCAGGAGAAACGUUAUAUCCAUCAUACCACACGUCAAGUACAAUGUAUCGAGUGGUGAGAAUGAUAUCGCCCUGCUUAAGCUUGACCGCUCACUUCCACUGUACAAUACGACUUCGGUCCAAUGGAUAGAACUCGUAGGUUCGCAUCUGAGGCCACCCACAACGACCCCUGCCCAUCAACAGCAGCAGCAGACAACGGUUGCGACUAACAACAAAGUUAAUGAAAACUGUUUCAUAAACAUUUAUAACAACUCAGUCGGGGUUUCGAACUAUCCAUACAGUGUGAUAGCGAACGUUAGCACUUUCGACAAGUGGGUUUGUGACGCCCAACGAAGUUCUAAAAUGGCAGCGGUAGUAGCGGGACGGAAUGGAAUUUGCGUCGAAUAUAGGUUUAGCGAAGCCAAAUCCUGUCUGCUCGACUCGGAUGCCCUGAGGAACAGCGCAGAGCGGGGAACAGCAUUGGUAUGCAACUUCAAAUUAGCAGCCAUUUUGGCGGAAAUAAAUCCGCCAUCAAAUCCCCAAAGCUGCAUUGCUAUGAGACGGACGACCGCGUAUUACAUCCCAGUCGAGCCAUAUCUAGAUUGGAUUGUAAGCGAAAUUGGGUUCGUAUAUACCAGCGCUGCCAAUGGGACCAUUGGGUCGUUGACAAGUGCUGCCAUCAACCCCCAACACAAUCCCUCCGGACCACCGGCUGGCUCGUGGAGUGGAGCACAAUCCACGGUGAAACCACACAUCAAUGAAGUGAAACAAAAAUCUACUGCAGCGUCCAUCAACAGCGGAAUCGCAUUAAAACAUAUUCUCUUUAAUUUAUUCAUUCCAUUUGCCUUCGUCUAUCGAUUCCAUCACUGAUGUCCGGUUUGGUCGGAAGUCAUCCCUACCAGAGGGCCUCGAAACUGGAACCACAUAACACAGCGCUUUUUACCACCAUCCCUCUGGCUUACCCGCAACCCCUCGAUCUAUUUUAUGAUUUGACCAUCAGACAACGGAGUAGCGCAGACGAGUAUACUUUUCGCACAUAUCACCAAAUAAACGAAGUAAAAACUUUCAACCUCCACCCACACUUUUACCGCAAGCGGGCAUAAAUAUCGAGUACGUAAACAAAUUUUCCAUCACACGGUUCGAAUGGCUUUCCGGGCACGAGGUGCAAAAAAGGUGCCACUCGCACCGACUGGUUUAAUGAAAUUUUAAUUUCACAAACAGGCCAGAAACGAAUCGAAUUUGGGAGCACACGAAUAUGAGCACAGCAAUUUGAAUAAUUAACACCAACCGGUCGCGAUUUGCUUCGAAAGUCCACCCUAGACCAAAGGGUUGAAUGACAUCGACUGAUGAUUUCCGGAAGUGGCAUAAACCAUAGUCAAUUGCGCAUCGGUUUUUACGCUGUGACUUCCGUGUGGCUAGCGGCAGUAAUGCAUGAAACCCUAUCACACCCCGAAGCUACGCCGGGGCUGAAAAUAAAUCACUACGAACCAGAGAAAAUGUUGCUCGCUACUCAAUCCACCUUACAGUGCAACAGUGCAAUUCAUUUAAUUCGUCGCUGCUUCGAAAUUGUGGAAAUGAUUUGUCUGUGCAAUAAUUACCAAUUUGUUAUUUAAAAAAAAACUGUCCAUGUUUAAUAUCACUAGAAAACAGAAACUGUAGAUGAAUUAAACGUAGGAUUCAAAGAAAAACAGUUCAACUGAAUUAUCUUUUGUAUUUUUUCUUCCGAUAUGACUGCAGCUAUGUUUUCUGUAAAUUGAUUUGCUGCAUGAGUGUAAUAAAAGAGAAAUUCAGAGGCCAAAUUAAUAUCUUUUUCAACAUUUAAACGGUGGUCCUAAAGCGACUCCCCAUGGAUCUCAUGAGUAGUGCUGCCUACCGAUUUUCUAACAGUGUCAAACGAAGAGUGUUACAAUGUUAUCAAUGUGGUCGUAUGGUUACAUUUUUUCUGCUCCCAUCAUGCUCGAGUCUUAGUACCAUCUUUUAUCUCGAAUUUUCAUUGCUUUAAUCGACGA